CUGUGCGCUGUGUUCUGAGUGAAGGCAGCGGCAGGGUUCGGGCUGCGCGGAGACAGGGGGUUCGGAUCUUGGGUGGACACUACCGGCCGGAGCAAGGCGGCCAGAACCUAAGUCCCGGCCAGUCUUCAGGACCCGGCAGCGACCGGUGGGGCCGACGCCGGGGCGCGCGACCCAGAGGACGGAGGCUGGGACUGAACAAGUGCUCGGGUCGGGGCGCGCCAGCUCCCGCUUCAUGUUUGGGUGAAGUAACAGCCACCACCAAGUACAGCUGUGCUCAGAGUGGCCCAUCCUUUCACAUUUUCCCUGGAGCUAGUGAGCUGAGAUGAUGGAUUUGGAUGCCCUUCCAUGAAGCAAUGCCACAUGGUCCAAAAGCAAACAUGUCUGGGCUUCUGCCGUCUUAGGAAUCCAGGUCCUGGAGACAGCUGUUCCUUGGGGAAUCAACUGAGGUGUGACUCAGGAACAAGAAGCAUAUUCUCACCAAUGCCAUCAUGACAGCAAGAGAGCACAGCCCUCGCCAUGGUGCCAGGGCCCGUGCGAUGCAACGGGCUUCCACCAUCGACGUGGCAACUGACAUGGUGGGCCUCUCUCUGGCAGGAAAUAUUCAAGACCCAGAUGAGCCCAUUUUAGAAUUCAGCUUAGCUUGCAGUGAGCUGCACACUCCUUCACUAGAUCGAAAACCAAAUAGUUUUGUGGCUGUGAGCGUCACCACCCCUCCGCAGGCAUUCUGGACGAAGCACGCGCAGACGGAGAUCAUUGAGGGAACCAACAAUCCUAUCUUUCUCAGCAGCAUUGCCUUCUUUCAAGACUCCCUUAUCAAUCAGAUGACACAAAUCAAGCUGUCUGUGUAUGAUGUCAAAGAUAGAUCUCAGGGAACAAUGUAUUUACUGGGCUCCGGAACAUUCGUUGUCAAAGAUCUGCUCCAGGACAGGCAUCACAGAUUGCAUCUGACACUGAGGUCUGCAGAGAGUGACCGCGUAGGUAACAUAACUGUGAUCGGCUGGCAAAUGGAGGAGAAGUCAGACCAGCGCCCCCCUGUGACCCGGUCUUUGGACACUGUCAAUGGGAGGAUGGUUCUGCCUGUUGAUGAGAGCUUGACCGAGGCAUUGGGAAUCCGGUCCAAAUAUGCUUCUUUGCGAAAAGACACCUUGCUGAAAUCAGUGUUCGGUGGUGCCAUCUGCCGCAUGUACCGGUUCCCAACCACUGAUGGCAACCACCUACGGAUCCUGGAGCAGAUGGCAGAGAGCGUCCUCUCCCUGCACGUGCCUCGGCAGUUUGUGAAGCUGCUACUGGAGGAAGAUGCAGCCAGAGUAUGUGAGCUGGAAGAGUUGGGGGAGCUGUCCCCUUGCUGGGAGAGCCUCCGGCGGCAAAUUGUCACCCAGUAUCAGACAAUCAUCCUCACCUACCAGGAAAAUCUGACUGAUCUCCAUCAGUACAAAGGUCCUUCAUUUAAAGCAAGCAGUUUGAAAGCAGAUAAAAAGUUAGAAUUUGUUCCCACAAACCUGCACAUACAACGGAUGAGAGUUCAAGAUGAUGGAGGCUCAGAUCAGAACUAUGACGUUGUCACUAUCGGAGCCCCAGCUGCACAUUGCCAAGGUUUUAAGUCAGGAGGUCUUCGAAAAAAGCUACACAAGUUUGAAGAGACCAAGAAACACAGUUUUGAGGAGUGUUGUACGUCAUCUAGCUGCCAGUCCAUAAUCUACAUACCACAGGACAUCAUCCGAGCCAAGGAGAUCAUUGCCCAGAUCAACACCCUGAAAACCCAAGUUAGCUACUACGCAGAACGACUCUCAAGGGCGGCCAAGGACAGGUCUGCCACUGGCCUUGAGAGGACACUCGCCAUCUUGGCAGACAAGACCCGGCAGCUGGUCACUGUCUGUGACUGUAAGCUGCUGGCCAGCUCCAUCCAUGGCUUGAAUGCAGCACGGCCCGACUACAUCGCUUCCAAGGCCUCCCCCACCUCUACUGAGGAGGAACAGGUGAUGCUUCGGAAUGACCAGGACACCCUCAUGGCCAGGUGGGCAGGGAGGAGCAGCCGAUCUUCCCUGCAGGUGGACUGGCAUGAGGAGGAGUGGGAGAAAGUGUGGCUGAAUGUGGACAAGAGCCUGGAGUGUAUCAUCCAGAGGGUGGACAAGCUGCUGCAGAAGGAGCGUCUUCAUGAGGAGGGCUGUGAGGACGUUUUCCCCUGUUCAGGCUCCUGCUCCAGCAAGAAAGGUAACCGGGACAGCCAAGCCUACUGGAUCAGACCGGAAGACCCCUUCUGUGAUGCCCCCUCCUCGACAUGCCCUUCCUCCAUGCCCACUGCUGCAUGCCAUCCUCACCCAAGCACACAUUGCAGCCCCCCUCCUGAAGAGUCCAGUCCAGGUGAGUGGAGUGAGGCCCUUUAUCCCCUGCUGACUACCCUCACAGACUGUGUGGCCAUGAUGAGCGACAAAGCCAAGAAGGCUAUGGUCUUCCUGCUCAUGCAGGACAGUGCCCCCACCAUUGCCUCAUACCUGAGCCUGCAGUACCGCCGUGACGUCGUCUUCUGCCAAACCCUGACAGCUCUCAUCUGCGGCUUUAUCAUCAAGCUGAGGAACUGCCUGCACGACGACGGCUUCCUGCGGCAGCUCUACACCAUCGGACUCCUGGCCCAGUUCGAAAGCCUCCUGAGCACCUAUGGAGAAGAGUUGGCCAUGUUGGAGGACAUGAGCCUUGGAAUCAUGGACUUGAGGAACGUGACCUUUAAAGUCACCCAGGCCACUUCGAAUACAUCAACUGACAUGUUGCCAGUCAUCACAGGAAACCGUGAUGGCUUUAAUGUGCGAAUCCCUCUGCCAGGACCACUGUUUGACUCCCUGCCCCGAGAGAUCCAGAGUGGUAUGCUGCUGCGGGUGCAGCCAGUCCUCUUCAACGUGGGCAUCAAUGAGCAACAGACACUGGCUGAGAGGUUUGGAGACACAUCCUUACAAGAAGUCAUCAACGUAGAGAGUUUGGUGCGGUUAAAUUCCUACUUUGAGCAGUUCAAGGAGGUUUUGCCGGAGGACUGUCUACCUCGAUCUCGGAGUCAGACCUGCCUGCCAGAGCUGCUGCGGUUUCUAGGACAGAACGUCCAUGCACGCAAGAAUAAGAAUGUGGACAUCCUCUGGCAAGCUGCUGAGGUCUGUCGCCGUCUUAAUGGGGUCCGAUUCACCAGCUGCAAGAGUGCCAAGGACCGCACAGCCAUGUCAGUGACGCUGGAGCAGUGCCUGAUCCUGCAGCAUGAGCACGGCAUGGCCCCGCAGGUCUUCACACAGGCCCUGGAGUGCAUGCGCAGCAUUGGAACACGGGAGGUAGUCACCCAGAAGAACUUGAGCGGCCUGGUGCCCAUCCGAGACUUAAGGCUAGACCCCAGCCUCCUUUGUUCUAUUCCUUUAUUAGCUCUGAGCCCCAAUUUACUGAUUGUGUGGCUCUUUCUGAGCAUAGCAUACCUGGUGACCAAAUUACGCUGCAAAUAAAUAUUAUUAUGAAAAUUAAUUAGUCACAAGACAGACAAAAGUGCCCGAAUAUGUCCAGCCACCGUGUACCAAACUGGACAGAAGGAAGGUGUCAAAGCGAGGUCUGCCAAGAAAUAUCUCAUGCCUUACAGUUUGAUGUUCUGUUCUUCUGAACUGUAAAUACCUGCCAAAUUCUUUCAUCGAGAGGACUUGUUCAUUUUGAUUGUGCAGUGUCUUCAGUGCUUGUAACAUGUUCUUCUGGUGCCUGUGACUGCAUUAUUUAGCUGGCCUGGAAUUACUUGUACCAAAUAUCUGACCUUCUGAUGUAUAACUAUUUAUUACCUGUACAUCUUGUGUGCCCUGCUCCAAGAGAAAGGGAUGCUGUCUGAAAAGAGUUUGUAUAUUUGAUACUAUUCCUCAAGUUUAUUGCUAACCUUCCUUGCCUUUUGAAGAAAUCAACAAGAAAAAGACGCUUUAUUGGUUUAUCUAGAUACCCCUGUUUAGUAGGACUGGACUUCCCACUUUCCUUUCAAAGCGUAGUCCUGGGAUUGCAAUAGCAAACAGUUGUAGAGUCAUACUUCCUCGCUCCCAGUUAUUUCCCUUGGUGACGACACAGCUGUGGAUACAGGAGCACAUGCCACCAAGUCCAGCUCACAAACUUUACAUCUUGCAUGUGACUUCAGGGUUGCUCUUAAUAUACGCAGUAGCAAGAGUUAUAUACUUUUUCUUGAAAUAUUUUUUUUAAUUUAAAAACUGUAUAUUUUAUUCCAGAUGAAGUCUAGAUAUCUUUUUUCUUUUACUAAUACAAUAAGGUUAAUAAUGAACAAAAAAAUCAAAGAAAAUGUUUUUUUAAAAAUGAAGCUUAAGUUGUGAGAGAGCUGUGAAAAUGGGAGAUAACUGUGGGUUUGCGUGUGUCACUCCUAAUUUUAACAUUGGCACUGCCCGUCAAAUAGGAUGACUAGUCGCCCUGACACUCCUACGUGGCAGAGAGUAAUUGUCCUUCAUAAAAAUAACCAAGUAACCUAGGGAAGGUUCCACUCACCUUGUGUAAGAAACAGAGAAUGUCUUCUUCAUCUUCCGGUUCCUGUUAGGGUGUAUUUCUGCUUUUGACUGCCAGUUCGAUGAAGGGGAUUGCUUUUCACGAGUGUGGUGAAAAACCCGGAGUGACUUAGAGAAGCUCGAGUGUCUAGUAUCUUCACACCCACAAACCCACCCACCAUAGUCCUAGCCUCUCUGUUUUCUCCGAGAGACUUCCUGACCAUCGCUGCAGGACUGUCUCUGCUCUGGCUUCCUCUCAGAGAGUGAAGUAGAGGAGCUGCAGAGCGGUUAGCAGUGAGCACCGCAGGCGUCCAGUGCAGGCCUUACUCAGUCUUCCCACAUAAGCAGGUCUACUUGGCUCUUCUAGUGUCAACAUGGCGACAGCUCUGUGGCAUCUCCCAGUGUAGCGCUCUAGCCAUUGCCGGCUGACAUUAAUCACCAGGCAGACCCGUCCAGUCAGAGACUCUUUGAAAGGAAUGGUUGCUAGGUGCCCUUUCCCUUCAAAGCAUGUGCUUCAAGCCUUUAAGCUCAUUUUGUCUGCUCCAUUUAAGUAGGGGAAAGAGAGUCCAUAGUCUCCUUCCAUCCCCAUCUCACGGCCUCCAUUCCCUGCUCUAGGUUGAUAACCUCCUGAUAACAGGGAGGUGACUCAGGAACGCACCAUUUCCAGGGUUCAGAGGUCAUAGACAGAUGAGGGGCAUCUCUGGAGGUAACUGCAGAGAUAGCAUCCUCUGUCUCCUGCGGCCCAAGAUGCCCCUACUUCUUUGCACAGACUCUUCUCAGGACCGUUGUACAGCGAAGGGAAGUAGUAGCUGGUUAGAGAAAUCCGCCCCCAAACACCCACCCAAGCAGGGAGGAGAACUGUUAGAAGAUUAUGGUCUGGUGUGGUACCAGCCUCCCUCCUGUCCUAUAUAGCCUUGGCUAUUGGCUGGGUCAGGAAGGCAAGCCAUCGUGAGAUUCCUUGUUUCUCUCUUCCAGGGGUGAGUGGACUGCAGUACACCUGCAGGCACAAGAGGCUGGCUCUGGGAGUCAUCCCCACAGGGGGGAUUUGAGACUUGCAUUUGCUUUUUUCUCCUAAUGUAUUGGGGAGGUAGGGAGACCGACCUUCAGUAUGCUUAUCCUUUAUACUGGAUUUUAAUGUCUUUAAGGCCUUUUGCUCAUGAAAUCAAGUCAAAUGUGCAUUCAAAGUCCUGGCUACAGCAAGGAAUGAGGAGAAGAGAGUAAGGAGAUAACUUGAGCUAGGCCACUGUUAGUGUUGAGCAGCAGCGUCUGGGUUCCCUCUGAAAAAUCCUGAGCUGUGGAGAGACUGCUCAGUCGGCAUCCUCUGCAGCCGCGCCUUUUGAAGGAGAGAACCAUUCUCAGGAGUUCUUGUUGAGCGGCCGUACAGAAUGGCUGUGCACAUUCUGCGAGCUAGGCUGACUGCACUGCUUCCUCCUGUACUUCUACUCCUCAGACAGAGGGGCUAGAACAGGGGCACGGUCCUUUCACAAAGCCCCGCCCCAUGUCUGCUGUGGCAUGGCCUAGACAGGGGACCUCAGAUGAAUUAUAAAGUGGAAGAGAUCUUAGGAUUGUCCUUUUAGAGUUUCCAAACUUCCCAAGUUGACGUCCUUAAAAUGAAGCAAAGCUCAAGAUAAUAAUAAUAAUAAUUAAAAAAAAAACAGGAGCCGUACAGUAACUAAAUCUCUCUUGUUAAAAUCAGCCCCAAACCUCAUCAUGUGCUGCAGCCUCAGAGACAGACACUGCUGCAUUGUGGUCAGUGAAGUUUUCUGCUUCAGGCCGUCAUGCUGGACUCUGCAACAGGACACCCUUUGCCCCCUCUGCAGACCUUGUCCCAAACCUUCAAGCCAGUUCACAGACACAUGCAGACCAUGCCAACAGUGGCAGCAUGUAGACCAGGCAUAGCGGCCUGGAUAGAAACAUGUAGAAGAAACAAUGUGAUUUAAAAACCAGAUUAAAUUGUAAGUUCAUAUUUGGUGUAUACAGUCAGCUAAAUCCAGUACUAGAUCGUUUCACAGGUAAAUACAGGGACUGUCAGCCUUUUUAAGUUCUCAUUUGGCAUUUACUGACUAGUGGGUUUGAGGACCUUCUGUAAAUGGAGAAGCCGUAUGUGAAGUAGUCUAUCGGUAAAGGAGCAUCCAAAGACCACAGAGGUUCACUGUGCACAGGAACCUAUAGCUUCUUAGCUUCUGCUUUAAAUAGAUUUCUAUUUUUAUCUGGUUACUGAAUGUCCAGCAGAUGCUGUCAUUUGCUCUGGGUGACCCAGGGGUUUAGCUCAGGUGACACAUCCAGCCUAAGGCUUGAGGCACAAGUGGCGGUGUCAGUCAACAGCAAGCGGGCGGAUGCUUCUCUAAACCGCCUGGGCUUAUCUCUUUUGAAUAAAUGUUACUGUCUCACCAAAACCUACUUGACAUGUUCUUAAUAAGGGGACUGUCAUUUUUAUUUUGAAAGGCUUGAGCUGCUAUUUUUUAAAUGUAUGUCCUGUGAUCUUCAUAGAAUUUGAAAGGCUUUUUUAAAAUCACUGUUUUCUUGAUAACUGCAAGUUUUACAUCUCAGAAGGGGGAUUUUUUACUGAACUUGACAACUACUUGAUUUUAUUGCUACUCUUUAAACAUUAUAAAGAUAGCAAGUUUUACUGUGUCGUGGAAAGGAAUUUAUAUUAAGAAUCUUUUGGCUGUUAAUUUUAUGCCAUUCCAGAGCAUUGCUUAGAGAACUCCCUUGAGGUUCGCUCUGAGGCCUCCCUGACUCUUCAUCCUCUUGUUGGGCACCAUUUGUCUUGCCCUUGUGUUGCAAUGACAUCCCUCCAUCCAGUGUGGCUGGGAUUCAAACUAGUAGUGAAUUUUCUAAGGGAAGAGCUCAGUAGUGCCUGUACAAGAAGUGGCCGCAAUGAAAGCAGCCCACUUGGAGAAGGUGGUUAGUGACCACCAGGAGAUCAAUGGAGACUUCACAGCCGCCAGCCUGGUAGCCGUGAGGACGUGUUCUGCAGCCAGCGCAUGGGCGGGCACUGUGCACUUGCACAGCUGCCCCUGGGUGGAAACAGAUAGCAGAGCAGCCUCCUCUGCCAGAUGUUUUUUUGCUACCUGUUGAACUCUGCAACGAAAAUCGGCAUUUGGGGUUUGAUGUGUCACAGAUUUUGCUACCAUACAAAAGGUACUGUGUUUCAGAAGCUAUGGUAAGAAUAAAAUAUCCCCAUUCAUCCAGUUU